AUGUCCUCCUUUUUUUUUCUUCUUCUUCUUUCCUACCCCUAUUCAACCGCCUCAUCUGCCAUGAUACCGCAGCCCUUUGAUGGUCAGCAGUCGGAGGUGGAUGUGGAGGUGAGAACGGCAGAAAUGGGGAGGGAGGAGGACUUGAAUGUGGAGGUGCAAAUGCCUCAACAUGGUAUUGAGGUGGUUAUGGGCCGGGAAGAUGGCAGUGGAGGUAGCGGCGGUGGUGGCGGUGGCGGCGGUGGCGACGGUUGCACUGGAAGGUUAAGGGUCUCUCCGAGGGCGUCUGUCAGCGGUGGUGGGCGAGGACUCGCUCCCUUCACUGUGGAUGGAGGACACGUGAGCGGAUAG